CGUACCGCUCGGGUACUGGUGCGCGUGCGCAGACGAACCUGCGCGGGGGUCUUCAUGGUUGCCGCUUGUGCUGCCUUUCCUGGAUUUAGUCGCGCGCUUUCUUCGUUCUGUUUCUGCGGGGUUCGCGCCCCUCUCGCGCCCCUAAGCAGCGAGGCUGGGGAAGGGGUUUGAGGGGCUGUUGAUCGCCGCCUUUAAGUUGUGCUCGGGGCGGCCAUGUCGGCCGGCGAGGUCGAGCGCCUAGUGUCGGAGCUGAGCGGCGGGACCGGAGGGGAUGAGGAAGAAGAGUGGCUCUAUGGCGGCCCAUGGGACGUGCAUGUGCACAGUGAUAUGGCAAAGGACCUAGAUGAAAAUGAAGUUGAAAGGCCAGAAGAAGAAAAUGCCAGCGCUAAUCCUCCAUCUGGAAUUGAAGAUGAAACUACUGAAAAUGGUGUACCAAAACCGAAAGUGACCGAAACGGAAGACGAUAGUGAUAGUGACAGUGAUGACGAUGAGGAUGAUGUUCAUGUCACUAUAGGAGACAUUAAAACAGGAGGACCGCAGUACGGGAGUUAUGGCACAGCACCUGUAAAUCUCAACAUCAAGACAGGAGGAAGAGUUUAUGGAACUACAGGAACGAAAGUCAAAGGGGUGGACCUUGAUGCACCUGGAAGCAUUAAUGGAGUUCCGCUUUUGGAGGUAGAUUUGGAUUCUUUUGAAGAUAAACCAUGGCGUAAACCAGGUGCUGAUCUUUCUGAUUAUUUUAAUUAUGGGUUUAAUGAAGAUACUUGGAAAGCUUACUGUGAAAAGCAGAAAAGGAUACGAAUGGGACUUGAAGUUAUACCAGUUACCUCUACUACAAAUAAAAUUACGGCCGAAGACUGUACUAUGGAAGUUACACCAGGUGCAGAGAUCCAAGAUGGCAGAUUCAAUCUUUUUAAGGUACAGCAGGGAAGAACUGGAAAUUCAGAGAAGGAAACAGUGCUUCCAUCUACAAAAGCUGAGUUUACUUCUCCUCCUUCUCUGUUCAAGACUGGACUCCCACCAAGCAGAAACAGCACCUCUUCUCAGUCUCAGACAAGUACUGCCUCCAGAAAAGCCAAUUCAAGCGUUGGGAAGUGGCAGGAUCGUUAUGGGAGGGCCGAAUCACCUGAUCUAAGGAGAUUGUCUGGGGCAAUCGAUGUUAUUGGUCAGACUAUAACCAUCAGCAGAGUAGAAGGAAGACGACGGGCAAAUGAAAACAGCAAUAUACAGGUUCUUUCUGAAAGAUCAGCUACUGAAGUAGACAACAAUUUCAGCAAACCACCUCCGUUUUUCCCUCCAGGAGCUCCUCCCACCCACCUUCCACCUCCUCCAUUUCUUCCACCUCCUCCAACUGUCAGUACGGCUCCACCUCUGAUUCCACCACCAGGUAUUCCAAUAACUGUACCACCUCCAGGUUUUCCUCCUCCACCAGGCGCUCCACCUCCGUCUCUUAUACCAACAAUAGAAAGUGGACAUUCCUCUGGUUAUGAUAGUCGUUCUGCACGUGCAUUUCCAUAUGGCAACGUUGCCUUUCCCCACCUUCCUGGUUCUGCUCCUUCAUGGCCUAGUCUUGUGGACACCAGCAAGCAGUGGGACUAUUAUGCCAGAAGAGAGAAAGACCGAGAUAGAGAAAGAGACAGAGACAGAGAGCGAGACCGUGAUCGUGACAGAGAACGUGAGCGCACCCGAGAGAGAGAGCGCGAGCGUGACCACAGUCCUACUCCAAGCGUUUUCAACAGUGACGAAGAGCGAUACAGAUACAGGGAGUAUGCAGAAAGAGGGUAUGAGCGUCACAGAGCAAGCCGAGAGAAGGAGGAGCGGCACAGAGAAAGGCGGCACAGAGAGAAAGAGGAAACCAGACACAAGUCAUCUCGCAGCAAUAGUAGACGUCGCCAUGAAAGUGAAGAAGGAGACAGUCACAGGAGACACAAGCACAAAAAAUCAAAAAGAAGCAAAGAAGGAAAAGAAGCUGGUAACGAGCCUGCCCCUGAGCAGGAGAGCACCGAAGCUGCACCUGCAGAAUAGGCAUGGGUUUGGCCUUCCGUGUAUAUUAGUGCCAGGAGUAGAGUCUAUAAAUCUUGUUAUUUUUCUGGAUAAUCUUUAAGAAAUUUACCUUUAGUCUUGUUCUUUUAGUAUAAAAAGUUAACUUUUUUUUUCCAAAAUAAAAGUGAAUUUUUCAUGUUAAGUUAAAAAUCUUUGUCUCGUAAUAUUUUAAAAAAAUAAAAAGCAUUGACUUUAUAUCCAAGAAAGAAUUUGAACGAGUCACUCAGUGGGGAAUUUAAAGAGCCAUCUAUGUUUAGCUUUUUAAAGCUAAAAACAAAUUAUUACCUGUGUACAUACACAGUAUCUUGAUGAAGGUCUGGGCUCUACCUUGGGGCAUAAUUUUCCUGAGUUAAUCAAAGACCAGUCUCCUAAGAGGUUGUAUUGUAAAAGGUAGUGAAAGGCACCUCUCAGUCUCGAGAUUAAAGCUAGUCUUUAUCGUUACUGCGGUGGCACUCUUGCCUGGCGUAUUAAAGGACUUGUACAUGUUUUUGAUAUCACAACCUUUUUCAGGUUUUUAGUGUUCUAAAUUUGGGUUUCUGGUGAAACUAGAUGGGGCACUUUUAUAUCCGAAUUAAUAAAAUCUAUAAUGCGUUUGGGUGGCCCGUGUGAAAUAACAUCCUUGGUGUAGUUUCUAGCCGGCAUAUGUACAAAAACACUGGUCACUGUGAGACAAAUUUGAAUGACCUCAUGGCUAUUCAGGGUGAAGCUGGUUUGGCCUGUCUUGAAGCUUUUUCCAAGGCUUGUUGGUAGAACUGUACGUGGAGUUUUUAUACAGUUAGAAGCUGUAUCGUGACGAAAAACAAACUUAAUAGCAAGUGGUUUAGAUUAGUCAUUUCUUGUUAAAACUAAGAAGAUGCAAGUUUAUAAUUCUGUAGUUUUAGAGAUAACCCUAGUAACAGGUAACAUGGUAUUUGAGAGAAUGAAUUACAAGGAUCUUCUAAAUAGUGACAGUAGAAAAGAACUUAAUGAGUAUCACAUUAAGGACAGCGAUAAUUUUUGAAAAAUAUUUAUUCUCAUUUGGUGAAAGGAACAUUUUUCAGUAAUGCACUUUUAAAACUCUCUGGCUUUAAAUUGUUUUUUAAAAGCCCAUAAUGUACCCUGUGCAGACCUCAGCAUAUACCAAUUACUUAAUUGUAUGAUUGGAAUUCAGUGGGGCAUGCAAAUCAUUUCAGCUGUUUAAGGGCUUUUUAUUGAGUAGAAAAAUAUAAAGUUGUGGAGUGAUGAAAUCCUCCUCCACAUUGAAUAAAAACUUAUUAGUUUUUUUGAGAGUUACUUUUUAUGAGGUGUAGUUGGCUUUCAUGAGAUGAUACUUCCCUGACAUUAAGUUUUACAUUUUUACAAUGUAUUCUUUAAAUAUAAAAAUUCCCAAGAUAAAUACAUUGUUUCAACUUAAUUAGCCUAUCUGUGAUUUUCUGUUUUUCUAUGACUCCGUUGAUUUUAUAAAAGAGUGCCAGGCCAAGAAACAAUAGUGAGAGUAAUUCUUCCUUUAAGUUCUUUCAGCAUCCUUGCCAAGCAGGCAUGUAACAUUCCUGAUGUACUUCUACCAUUGACAGCAAGAAGAAUAUCACCACAUCUAAAAACAAAACAAGAUACAAGAUUAAAAUCUUAAUCCAUAGCUGAAGUUAAUGCAAAUUUAUUUUCAUGGCUCUAGUUUUUGCUACACCUGUCAAUUUUAAUAACAUUACUUAUAAUUCUCCUCACUUAAAUUCUCCAACCCUCCCAUCCAUUCAGCUUGUAUUAGAAGGAAGUCAUAGUAUGGGUCUAAGAGUAAAUGUAAUCAUUUUGGAUUUCUUAGAAGUUGAAUGCUACACAAAUGUUUUUCAUUUCUUACCAAAAAAAGAAAUAUAAACUUAAAUUUGUGUAGUAAUAUCUUCCAUGCUGAAUAAAAAUUAUCAGUAGUCUUCAUUUUUUGUUAUUUUUCUCAUAAUUAUAUACCUUAUUUCUAAAACAAAAUUGAACAUUUAGGUUUUUUUUUUUUGUUGUUGUUGUUAGUCAUUAUGAUUACCUAAUUCUUCCAUCAUUGUAUGCUGGUGUUCCUUCAACAAUGGAUUUGAUAAAAAAAGGUUUGUUCCCACUGUAUUCUUCAUAACCUCCUACAAUGCAGAAGCCCAGGCUUCCAGCUGUGUUUCUUCGUAAUAUGACAUCUUUACAGUUAUACAAGUGUCUGAAAUAGAAUGUAAUCAAUGUAUAUACACAGUUAAAUUUAACAGUUGUGAUUUGGCUCCCCUUCCCAUUGUUGACCUUUUUUUUUUUUUUUUUUUUAAAGCUAAGUAGCAUCACAGGCCUUAGUCAAAAUUGUCUGUUUUUCACAGCUCAACACUCUAAAAAAAAAAAUGACACCAUCUGGUAUGUUGUUUAUACUUCUACUGGGAAAGAGAACCAUGUUUUUGGUUUAAAUAAGACUUUAUGCCUCAAUUUGUAUUAGCAAAGAGUUGGAGAUGCAUAAAUCCUUAUUGAUAAACAAAAUUCAAACAUGGAUAUCAUAUUUCUACUUAUGGAUAUAAAUAAUUUCUAAUGAAGGCAAAAAUCAUUUGAAUAAACAACCUCAGUGGGGAAAAAAAAAACAA